AAUUUGCUUGAAGACUAGAAAUAUCAAUAAAGCGAUAACGAGAGGCUAUAACUUUAUGCCUCGUCUUUGAAAAACCAACGGCCUUGAUUACGUCACUCGUCCAAUCCAACGCUCAGAUUCCUUCCCGCGAAGUCACGCAGGUGCUUCCGAGCUUUGGAACUUUUGACGUUGGUUCUACUAUUUUUUUAUUCGUUUCAUCUAUAUUCAAAAAUCAAUCGAAAUUCAUUAAUUUGAUUCUAAGCUCCAAUUUAUUUUUUUUUGUUUUAAUUCGUCUUUUUGUUAUCUCACGUCUGCGUCGCGGAGAACAUUCGCAACCUAUCUCGUUAAAAGUCUAAAAUCUGUGCCUCGAGUCUCGCUGUGGAGUUCGCCGAGUUAGAGAGAGCAAAAUUUGAAGAACUACCGGGAGUACUUUUCAUCGAAUAUCAGCGAACUCUGACUUUCCUGCGUCUGUUCUGUAACCAUACAAACUCUAAUGGGAUGGGGAAACAUCUACAGGAGACGUGUGAAAGUAUUCACACUUGCGUUGAUAAUCUACCUAGACUAUAAGGCUUUGCAGCAGAGAGAGAAAUGGUUUAACAAAUCUAAAAGAGAUUCCCUAUGGGAAAGAGCUCAUGAACGCAAUGCCAAGCGUGUUCUCAGUUUGAUAAUAGAGUUGGAAGGAUUGUGGGUAAAACUUGGUCAGUAUUUGUCUACACGUGCAGAUGUGCUUCCUGAGGCUUAUAUACGUUUCCUUAAGCAGCUACAAGACUCUCUUCCUCCUCGCCCUUUACAAGAGGUUUGCCGGACAAUAGAGAAAGAAUUGGGGAAACCAAUGGUUGAUCUCUUCUCUUAUUUUGUAGAGACACCUCUUGCAACUGCAUCAAUAGCACAAGUUCAUCGUGCAACCUUGGAUAAUGGGAGGGAGGUGGUUGUCAAAGUUCAACAUGAGGGCAUCAAAACAAUCAUUUUAGAGGACUUAAAGAAUGCAAAGUCAAUAGUUGAUUGGAUAGCAUGGGCAGAACCACAAUAUGACUUCAAUCCAAUGAUAGAUGAGUGGUGCAAAGAAGCACCAAAAGAACUUGACUUCAAUCAUGAAGCUGAAAAUACGAGAACAGUCUCCAAAAACCUAAGCUGCAAAAAUAAACAUGACAAUACCACUUCGGAGAAUCAUGUGGAUGUAUUGAUUCCAGAAGUUAUUCAGUCAUCUGAAAAAGUUCUAAUUUUGGAGUAUAUGGAUGGAAUUCGCCUGAAUGACCAUGAGGCACUAGAGGCCUUGGGUGUUCAUAAACAAAGGCUUGUGGAAGAAAUAACACGUGCAUAUGCCCACCAAAUUUAUGUUGAUGGAUUUUUCAAUGGUGAUCCACAUCCUGGUAACUUUCUUGUGAGCAAGGACCCCCCACAUCGCCCCAUUUUGCUUGACUUUGGGCUUACAAAAUCAAUAUCAAGUUCUAUGAAGCUUGCUUUAGCAAAAAUGUUUCUGGCAGCUGCUGAGGGGGACCUUGUUGCACUAUUGUCUGCCUUUGCAGAGAUGGGGCUUAGAUUGCGCUUAGACAUACCAGAGCAAGCUAUGGAGGUGACAAGUGUGUUUUUCCGUACUUCAACACCAGCUAGUGAAGCCAUUGAAAACAUGAAAUCAUUGGCUGAGCAAAGAACAAAGAAUAUGAAGGUCAUCCAAGAAAAGAUGAAACUUGACAAAAAAGAAGCCAAGCGUUUUAAUCCUGUUGAUGCUUUUCCAGGUGAUGCUGUGAUAUUUGCUAGGGUUCUAAAUCUUCUUCGAGGUCUUUCAUCCUCAAUGAAUGUUCGCAUAGUUUAUUUUGAUAUAAUGAGGCCAUUCGCUGAGUCUGUUUUACAAGGCAGAAAUAUCAAGAAGGGACCAGCAAUAAAUUCACAGUGGAUAUAUGACACACCUGUGCUCUCUGAUGUGGAGUCUAAACUCAGACAGCUUCUACUUAAGCUAGGCAAUGAUGAUAAAAUACUUGGAAUUCAGGUAUGUGCCUAUAAAGAUGGAGAAGUUAUAAUCGACACUGCUGCCGGUGUGCUUGGGAAAUAUGAUCCCCGCCCUGUCCAGCCUGAUAGCCUAUUUCCAGUUUUUUCUGCAACAAAGGGGAUCACUGCAGGAAUGUUGCAUUGGUUGAUUGACAGUGGGAAGUUGAAGCUUGAGGAAAAUGUUGCAAACAUUUGGCCAGAAUUCAGAACAAAUAAAAAAGAAUUCAUAAAGGUCUACCAUGUGCUAAACCAUACAUCUGGUUUGCAUAAUGCAAUGGCUGACAUCACAAGGGAAAAUCCUUUAUUAAUGACUGACUGGCAUGAAUGUUUGAACCAAAUCGCCAUGUCAGUUCCUGAAACCGAACCUGGCUAUGAGCAGCUUUAUCACUAUCUGUCCUAUGGUUGGUUGUGUGGUGGAAUUAUUGAGCAUGUAUCUGGAAGGAAAUUUCAGGAGGUUCUGGAAGAAGCAAUCAUUCACCCUCUCAACAUUGAAGGCGAAUUAUAUAUUGGCAUUCCUCCAGGUGUGGAGUCUCGACUGGCAACACUUACAUUAGACUUGGAGGACCUCAACAGGAUUUCCACAAUUAACAACCGACCUGACCUGCCAUCCACCUUCCAGCCAGACAACAUCUCUCAGAUUGCGACUGGCCUCCCUGCUCUAUUCAACUCAUUGUUCAUGCGCCGUGCCAUGAUACCUGCUGCCAAUGGGCACUGCUCAGCCCGAGCACUAGCACGCUACUAUGCAACACUUGCUGCUGGCGGUAUGAUCCCACCACCACAUACACCUUCGAAGCCACCACUCGGCAGCCACCUUCAUAUCCCAAAGUUUCCGUCAUUGGAAACCCCAAAGAAGAAAGGCAGAAAAAGCGAGGUAGCAGUUCCGAAUCACAGAGCUAGGUUAGCUGAUCAUAACUACAACCGCCGCAGAGAUCCCAGGAAUGGUAAUGGUGGAAAAAAGACUAGCAAUGACAAGUACACUAGGCUUGCUAACGAUGACAAUAAUACAAGCAGUUCUAGUAAUAAUACACCUUACUACACUGACAGUGAUAUCAGGCACAAUCAUAAAACCAAUGUAACUAGGAUUUUUAAUAACCCAAGGAUACACGAUGCAUUCAUGGGUGUCGGUGACUAUGGGAACUUUGCCUUACCAGAUGGGAAAUUCGGGCUAGGGUUUAGGAGGUUUACUUUGAAGGAUGGGUCUCUAACUAGUUUUGGGCACUCAGGCAUCGGGGGGUCAACUGGCUUCUGUGACGUAGAAAAUAAGUUUGCUAUUGCGGUUACCUUGAACAAAAUGUCAUUGGGGACUGUAACUGGGAAAAUAAUAGAGUUAGUUUGCUCAGAGCUAAACAUCCCGUUGCCUGAGGAGUUCUCCAGGUUCGGAGAGAGGAGACCUGAUAUGCAGUUAAACUUGGGAAAACCACUGAUUAGUUAAUACAGAAAUGUAUAUUUCUUUUUUUUUUAAUUUUUGGUAUUUUAAUGUUAUAUGUAAACAGAUAAUAUUUCAUAAUGGCCAAACUCAGCAACCCCUGCUGCCUGUCUCACCAACAAUUGUUCACUGUUGUUAUUAUUUGUUUAGAGAUAAAGCAAGGAAAAUCUGUCUUUUCUCAA